AUGGCAUAUGAUCAGGGUUAUUAUGAACAGCCCCAGAGGUCAUAUAAUGGAUGGGCUACUCAAAGACCAGGCGCAGCUCAAGGAUAUCAACAACCUCCCGCACAACAAUAUUCACAACAACAAUAUGAGGAUCAUGGUCAGGAUGGUUUUGGAUAUGAGAAUUUCGAUAAUGGAUAUGGUCAGGACUAUAAUGGUGGUUAUCAGGAUAUGAAUGGUGGAGGAAGAGGAAAUGUGAAUGGAGAGAGAAGAGGUGGUUAUGCUCCAGACAUGAAUGGACGUGAGAGGGGAUAUCCACCAAAUGUGAAUGGGGAAGCUAGAGGUUAUCCAUCAUCGAAUCAAAAUUAUCCACCACAACAAGAACAUUAUGCGAAUGACAGGGGUCGGAUGCAACCUAGAGCAGGUGGACCUGGUGCAGGUGGUCCAAAUGAUAGAGAUGGACUAAUGCAAAGACCUCCGGAUAAUGCUGUUUAUGGUGAGCCACAGGGAAGAGGAUACCCUGCAAAUGAUGGUCCUGUGAAUGGAAAUGGUAGGCCAAUCGAUGGAUCUGUGAGGCCUAGACCUGGACAAGGACAACAACGAUCUCGGAAACCUUUGGUAACACUCCCUAAAUCACCAGAAGCUGGGUCAUUGUCAUUUGAUAGCCCUUUUCCUACAUUUCCUGGAGCACGAAAGAAGACUGCAAUGUCCGAAGAAGAGGAGAUUACCAGAAAAAUGGGUGCAAUAGAUAUCUCAAGCCCUCCCCCUUCUAAACGACCCGGAACAGCUGGAAGUAAAGGAAGCAAUGAUAAUUUUGGACCAAAGAGAGUUAUUCCGACAGAUAACUAUGGACGACCUUCAAUGGAUAGUCAAAGGAGUGCAUCUAGAGGAGGAUACAUGCCUCAGGGACCCCCCCAAGGAAUGCCAGAUCAACGAAGAGGCCCACCACCGAGGGGAAUGACACAAGGCCCUCCUAGACAAGACUUUUCGGAGAGAAGAGGUCCACCCCCAGUUCAAAGAUAUGGUGGUGCACCGAGGCAAAAUGGCUAUGGAGAUCAUGGUUAUGAUCAAUACGGAAAUCCCAUGUCGCCAGGUCGAGAUGAUCAAGAGAAUUUUGGUCCUCCCCAACGAAGCAUGACUAUGCCAGAUAAUCCCGGACCCAUGGGAAUUGCACCACCCGCCUCUUCAAUGGGUGGACCAGGAAUGAGUGCACCGUAUAAUGGUCCCAUUGGACGUGGUAUGCCCGUUAGACCCGCCACAGCUACCGGAUCAAGACUACCACCACAGAGAACAUACCCAAAUCAACAGCCAGUUCAAUCACCACCUCCCCAACAGCAAUACCCACCACAAAACGAUUAUUCAAAUGGUGCUUACGCCGAUCAUAAUCCAGAUGAAAGUCUUAGCACAUUUUACGAUGCAUAUUAUGAAGCACCCCCCCAACCACCAAUGCACAAUCGAAAUCUAUCAAAUACUUCGGAAAUGCCGGAUUUCGAUUCGGCUCCACAACAAAUUUUGCACAGAAGAGGUACUUCGAUCGAAGCUCAUAUUCAACCCGGAGCCGGAUCUGGACCUGGAUUUGAUAACAUGCAAGCAGAUGGUCCUUUGGAGAGAAAUGGAAACCUUCGUCAAGUCAAACCUGUAAAAUCUCAACCGGAUUUCAGAGCUCAAGCUCAGGCCCAGACAGCGAUUUUCGAGAUGGCAGGGGAUGCGCCACCAAUUCCUAGCAUGCCGCAGCAAGGUUAUCAAGAUGGCUGGGCUCAGCAAAAUGCUCAAUAUAAUCAAUAUCAAGGUCCGCCACAAGAUCAAGGGUACGACCAAUAUCCUAAUCAAGCACCAAAGUUUCAACCACCGCCGAGAAGUAUGUCUGCAGCCCCUGGAGCUAGCCGUGGACUUCCCAAUGGCCCAAAAUCUGGAUUUGGAGGUUUACCGAAUAGCCCUUUGCCUCAGAGUGGUGGUUAUCCUGGUCCCCAGAAUGGAGGUUUUCAAGGCGGUCGUCAAAAUAGUCUUCAGAAGCAAGGAAAUCCAGAAGGUGGUCUGCCUCCUCAUGCUCCGCCAGUUCGUGCUGGUUUGAUACCCAAUUCUUUUGCUCAACAGCAGCAGAAUAUCAAACCACCACCUGUGCGCAAUUAUGGCGGUGUUAACCCCCCACCUCAAGCAAAUACCCCUGUUCAAGCACCCAAUAGCGUCUCUCCUGCAGGUUCUACUCUCACAAAGGUGCCCGCACAACCAGUAACUCAAGCCGAAAUUGAUCGGUUAAGAUUGAAGUACAAGAAUGGCAAUCCGAACGAUAACGAGGCCCCUCUACUCUUUGUGAAAAAAUUAGUAGAGGCUUCGGAUGUUUUGGUUGCGCCCCUUGCUGAUCAGCGAGUACGUAAUAAGGCAAGAGAAAAGUAUGUUUUGGAAGCUACUAAAGUCCUCAAGAAAUUGAGAGAGGCCCAGAAUCCAGACGCAAUGUUUUAUUUCGCAGAUUGUUACGGUCGCGGCGCCCUUGGCCUCGAAGUCAGUGAGAAAGAAGCGUUCACUCUUUACCAAUCAGCCGCAAAACUUGGCCAUCCACAAGCCGCAUAUCGAACUGCAGUAUGUUGUGAACUCGGCAAUGAAGAGGGAGGUGGUACACGUAAAGAUCCUCUAAAAGCAAUCCAGUGGUACAAACGCGCUGCUACCCUAGGAGACACACCUGCCAUGUACAAAAUGGGCAUGAUUCAGCUCAAAGGACUUUUAGGCCAACCAAUCAAUGCCCGCGAAGCCGUGGUUUGGCUCAAACGAGCUGCGGAACGCGCUGAUCCUGACAAUCCACACGCCCUUCACGAAUUAGGUCUUCUAUACGAAGCACCACAAGGUCAAGAUACUUCUCUAGUUCGCGAUGAAGGCUACGCUUUUCAACUCUUCCAACAAGCUGCCGAUCUCGGCUAUAAAUUCUCACAAUUCCGUCUGGGUCAGGCUUACGAGUAUGGCCAAUUUAACUGUCCGAUUGAUCCUAGAUCUUCGAUCGCAUGGUAUUCAAAAGCAGCGGUUCAAGAGGAACAUCAAAGUGAAUUGGCGCUUAGUGGUUGGUAUCUGACAGGUUAUGAGAAUAUUUUGCAACAGAGUGAUAUGGAAGCUUAUUUAUGGGCGAAGAAAGCUGCGAUGGCGAAGUUAGCAAAGGCGGAAUAUGCUAUGGGGUAUUAUAGUGAGGAGGGAAUUGGUACGGCGAAGAGCUUGGAGGAUGCGAAGAGGUGGUAUUGGAGAGCUGCUGCGCAAAACUUCCCCAAGGCUCGCGAAAAGCUCGAGGAACUUAAACGGAGUGGUGGCAAACAGAGUAACAAUAAUAAGGGUAGAGAAAAAAUCUCGAGAUCUAAAGGCGCAAAUCAGAAGAAUAACGAGGAAUGUUCUGUCAUGUAG